CAGGACUCAUCACAGGUAUUAUUGCGUACGCUAGUCUCGAACCAGACGUUCCCCACUGCCUUCGAAGUUCGAGGCUAGUGUGUGUGCAUCCACAUCACAUUCGGAUCCCUUACUACUCGGAGGUUAGACUGCACUUUAUUAAAGCAGGAUGGACCAAGAUAAAAUUGAUCUGUCACUCCCACCACUAGGUGUUGCAGCAACCAAUUAUACUCUCGUUCCCUGACUUCGUCCACCAUGUCUGUACACACGACAGGUGCUGAAAGGCGCUCGAAAUCCACAGAUUGUACCUCUUCCCCAUUGCCCGACGCACUUCCAGAUGUCAGCCCAAUCACAGGUCCUGCUAUAGAUCUCUACGAUGAUGGCUACAAUGAUCCAGUAUAUCAGGCGAAAGCUCGCAUCUUGAAUCGUGCGAUACAAGAUAUCGGGAUGGGUAGAUACCAGUGGUACCUCUUCGUGGUCGCUGGAUUUGGCUGGUUUGCCGAUUCGGUCUGGCCUCUUCUGAGCGGACUCAUCCUUACGCCUGUCGUCAAUGAAUUCCACUUCAACGGGCCCUUCCUGUCGCUGGCUUCGAACAUUGGUCUUCUUGUCGGUGCUGUGUUUUGGGGUCUUGGAUGUGACAUCUGGGGAAGAAGGUGGUCUUUCAACGUUACCUUGUUUAUCGCUGGAAUAUUCGGACUAGCAGCAGGCGGAGCUCCUAGUUUUGUCGCACUGGCCUCCUUGAUUGCUGUGGUUGGCGUUGGCGUGGGAGGCAACAUGCCCGUAGAUUCUGCCGUUUUCCUUGAUUUUGUCCCAGGUUCCCACCAAUACUUGCUCACCAUCCUUUCUAUCUGGUGGUCUCUCGGACAAUUGUUAUCCAGUCUCGUUGCUUGGCCCCUAAUCGCUAACUAUUCCUGUGCCAGUGCCUCAGACUGCACUAAAUCCAAUAAUAUGGGAUGGCGUUAUCUGUUGUUAAUCCUCGGCGGAAUCACUCUUUCCCUCUGGGCCCUUCGGUUCUUCAUGUUCACGUUGCUGGAGAGUCCGCGUUUCCUCUCUGGCAUCGGUCGUGAUGCCGAUGCCGUCGAGGUCAUACAUAAAUUGGCGAGAUUCAACGGAAAGACAUCUCCAAUCACUGUAGAAGAGCUUGAGGCUCCUGACAGGGCGAUGCCAGGCAGACGUUCAUCCUCCAAGGAAAGACAUACGAUCCUGAGCAAGAGUUCCAAGUAUGACGCUGGACAUAUCAAAGCUCUCUUUGCUACUCCCAAAAUGGCUUGGUCGACUAGUCUCUUGAUUGCUAUCUGGGGUAUUAUCGGACUUGCUUCCACACUGUAUAACAAUUUCCUGCCAUACUUACUUUCCAGUCGUGGUGCUGUUUUCGGGGACGGAUCCCUGUAUAUUACCUAUCGCAACCAAGUCAUCUUGAGCGUCAUCGGUGUUCCUGCUGCCUUGUUCGCCGGCUGGGCAGUGGAACUCCCAUACAUCGGGCGCAAGGGCACUCUUGCCAUUGCCUCAGGGCUCACUGGCGCGUUUUUGUUCGCGACUACCACUGCCCAGACAUCAAACCAGCUCCUGGCGUGGAAUUGCGGAUACGUGUUCUUCAGCAACAUUAUGUAUGGUGUUUUGUACGCUAUGUCUCCCGAAAUUUUCCCUGCGAAAGAUCGUGGAACGGGAAAUGGUUUGACAUCCACAGCAUCGAGGAUGUUUGGCGUUCUGGCCCCCAUCAUUGCGCUAUAUGCUAACCUCGCGACGGCGGCGCCUGUGUAUAUUGCUGGAGCCCUGGUAAUUUUUGCUGGAAGCCUGGCUGUCUUGUUGCCUUAUGAGCCCAGAGGUAAGGUUUCUAUCUAGAGUAGAUGUUUUUCGCUCCCGAAAAACCACGUCGAUUGUUUGUGGAACUUGAGUUGUGGGUCGUGUGUUAGAACGGUUACUGAACGCAAUAAAAUAUCCAAAAGGAUUGCUCUGUG